UCAAACGUCCUCAGUGUAGAGGAGAGACGGCGGCUGUGUGCGCUGUGUAACGUCCCCCGCCGAGUACCGGAGCCGCGGACAGUAGGUCACCUCCUUGAGGCCAUGUUAUCCCAACCUUCUACCAUGUCCAGCAAGAAAGACGACAAGGGGAAGAAUAUCCAAGUGGUGGUAAGAUGCAGACCCUUCAAUCAGUUGGAGCGGAAGGCUAACUCUCAUUCAGUGCUAGAAUGUGAAACCCAGCGCAAAGAAGUUUCCGUCCGGACUGGUGGAAUAAAUGACAAACUGGGCAAGAAAAACUAUAUGUUUGAUAUGGUAUUUGGCCCUUCAGCUAAACAAAUUGAAGUGUACAGAAGCGUAGUCUGUCCCAUCUUGGAUGAGGUUAUUAUGGGCUAUAAUUGCACCAUUUUUGCCUAUGGUCAGACUGGCACAGGGAAAACCUUCACUAUGGAAGGUGAAAGAACUGCUGAUGAGGAGUUCACUUGGGAACAGGAUCCUCUGGCCGGUAUAAUUCCGCGAACUCUUCACCAGAUAUUUGAGAAGCUUUCUGAGAAUGGUACAGAGUUCUCUGUGAAAGUCUCUUUGCUGGAAAUCUACAACGAGGAACUCUUUGACCUUCUAAGCCCUGUUCCCGAUGUCAGUGAGAGGCUCCAGAUGUUUGAUGAUCCCCGCAACAAAAGAGGAGUGAUCAUCAAGGGCCUGGAAGAAGUGACCGUGCACAACAAGGAUGAAGUUUACCAUAUCUUAGAAAGGGGAGCAGCAAAGAGGACCACUGCCUCCACCCUGAUGAAUGCUUACUCCAGUCGAUCUCAUUCAGUGUUUUCAGUCACCAUUCACAUGAAAGAAACUACAAUUGAUGGAGAAGAGCUGGUGAAAAUUGGGAAGCUUAACUUGGUGGAUUUGGCUGGCAGUGAGAACAUUGGCCGGUCCGGCGCUGUAGACAAGAGAGCCCGCGAAGCUGGGAACAUCAACCAGUCUCUUCUGACGUUGGGCAGAGUGAUCACCGCUCUGGUGGAGAGAGCUCCACACAUCCCAUACAGGGAGUCUAAGCUGACAAGGAUCCUGCAGGACUCUCUGGGAGGAAGGACAAAAACUUCCAUUAUUGCCACAGUCUCUCCAGCCUCAAUUAAUUUAGAGGAAACUGUAAGCACUUUGGAAUAUGCCAACCGAGCAAAGAAUAUAAUGAAUAAACCUGAAGUGAAUCAGAAACUAACCAAACGGGCCCUUAUCAAGGAAUACACCGAGGAGAUUGAGCGCUUGAAGAGGGACCUUUCUGCAGCCAGAGAGAAGAAUGGGGUCUACCUCCCCAGUGAAAACUACGAGCAGCUACAGGGUAAACUAGUCUGCCAAGAAGAGCAGAUCACGGAAUACACCGAAAAAAUUGCCGCUCUCGAGGAGGAGCUGAAACGGGUGACAGAGCUGUUCUCUGAGAAUAAGAAGGAGCUGGAGGAGUGCACUACUGUGCUGCAGUGUAAAGCAAAAGAACUGGAGGAAACCCAGAUAAAUCUACAGGAAUCUAAGCUUAAUCUGGCUCAGGAGGAGUUUGUAACGUCUGCGUUAAAGACCACGGAAAAGAAACUUCACAAUACAGCCAAUAAGUUGCUGAGCACCGUUGAAGAAACCACCAAAGAUGUGUCUGGUCUCCAUGCCAAACUGGAUCGCAAGGCGUCAGUGGAACAUCACAAUGCCCAGGUCCAUGGGAGCUUUGCAGAAGACAUGGAUAAAAUGUUCAGCACCAUUCAGAGAUCUGUGGAUGAGUACAGUGUGAAGCAGCAGGGAAAGUUGGACGUCUAUACCAGCUCUAUAAAUGGCCUUCUCUCUGCCAGCUCUUCAGCUUUAAGUGCCACCGCUGCUGCAGUUUCCUCGUCUUUUCAUAUGGUUCAGGAUACUGUGUCCAGUCAGGUGACUCAAAGCCUUGAUGCAAUACUAAAGCAGGAAGGCCUGUGUACUCAAGCAAAGGAUGAGCUGCAGAAAUUGAUGAAUGAGCACCGGCUUGCUCUGCAGAAAGCCCUGGCAUCUGACUUGCUGCCAAUUGUAACCUCGGUUUUGGAUCUGAAUUCGCAGAUGAGCCGAUGCAUGCAGAAUUUCUCCGCUGUUGCUGACAAGGUGGAUUCUCAUAAAGAAGAUAUGAACCGCUUCUUCACAGGACAUUCGAUGAUGCUGCACAAGUUACGCCUGGAUUCUACUUCUGCCAUUUCCACAAUUCAGGCAGAGUCUGAGAGUUUGAAAGAGGCGCUCCAGGCCGCCCAGGCUCUGCAUUCACAGGGACUGAAUAAUCUCCUAAGUUUGCUACAAAGCCAGCUGAAUCUGUUUGCCGUGGAAACAAAUCGGAGCUUUGAUGGUCUUCUUUCCAAAGGAGGAAAGCUUAAGAGUUCUGCCGGUCAAUUUCAGCACGAUCUGGAUAAUGUUACCGCAGAAGCCAUUGAACGUACUGCAAGUCAUCACAAGGUAUUCGUAGACCAGAGUGAAGACGUAAGCAGUGAGAUCCAGCAUCUGGCAGCCACAAACCAAAGCGCCAUAGAGGAAUCCAACGGUAAAUGUGAAAAGCUCAACAGCGGCAUCACCGCCCUGUCUCAGGAGACCGAGAGCUGGUACGAGACUGCCAGGACCAAACUGGAUUCUAUUAUGGAACAGCAAGAUUGCUACUUACAGGCUGCAAAAAGUCAGCUCCAAAGCUUCCACAAGGGUAUGGAAGAAAACUGCUGCUCCUCAGAGGCUCAGAUUUCAGACAUGGUGCACCUGCAAAAGCUUGCUGAGGAGAAAUCCGUUGCCAGCCUAGUAGACCAGGUCAAGAACAGUAAGGAGAUGAUUGCAGAGCAGCAGCAUCAGCUUCAUGAGCAAACAAGAGCCUGCAUGGGUAAAGUCAAUUCUUACCUUAAGGAAGAACUCCGAAAUGAUAUCCCAACAGGUACCACACCUCAGAGAAGAGAAUACACUUACCCCUCUUCUCUCAUAAAGACUCACCCAAGAGAACUCCUCCUAGAACAGUUUAGAAAGCAGCAGGAAGAGUAUCAAGUAGCAGUAAGCAGUGUGGCCUCCAUAUUGGAGGAGCCUGUGGACCAGGAUUCCCUUGAAGAUGAAACGGUUGUGAAUGACAGCAUCAUGAGUGAGAAAUCCAUCAUAGAUAUCAAUGUUCUCUGUCAGGGAAACGGUGGCAUUCCUUUUUUCCAGCAAAAGAAAGGACACAAAAAAGAAAAGGAGAACAAAGCAAACGCACCGAUCUUGGACCGAUCGAAAUUUUCAGAAGACGGAGAGACCUCCCUCCCCAAAUCCAAACUGCCUCUGAGAAUCCAGAACUGAGCGGCGCAGCUCCUCCUGUACAUAGUCCAACUCCUGAAUAUUUUUAUAUUUUUAACCUUUUUCUUUGUGUCUUUUUUCCUUUUUUUCUUUUUUAAUUUUAUUUUUAAACCUUCUGGACUUUUACGUAUUUUUAUUUGUUUCUGUUGUCUCCACGUUACUUUUUAUAUAUGUUUAACUAUUAAACCUCACCCAUUCUUUCAUGGCAGCUGGAACAAUUCUGCAAAAAAAAAUUUUUGUUGUUGCUAAAUAAACAUAAAUUACCUUUUUUCAGAUUGUUGUAUGGGUUAAAAUGUUUGUAUAUUUAUAGAUGUUGGCUUAGCAGAAUUAAAUCAAAUAAGCCUGA